AUGGCAAAUCAUCCAACCACAUGCCUCCUUAUCCUCCUCAUCUUCCACUCCAUUUUCCUCCAAUCCCGAGCUUGCCACCCUACGGAUAGAGAGGCGCUCCUCGAUUUCAAGAGAAGAAUCACUGCUGAUCCCUUGGGAUUGCUUCACUCUUGGAUUCCUGACAAAGAUUGUUGCACUACAUGGAAGGGAAUUGCGUGCGAACCUUCAACGGGUCGAGUCCUCAAUUUGACCCGUCCCGGGCGUUCUUGGGAAUCUGAUUCGGGGCCCAUAGACACCGAAAUGACGGGAACAUUGUCCCCUUUUAUUGGGAAUCUCUCUUCUCUUCAAGUUCUCGAUCUGAGUAAUUUGAAGGAGUUAAAAGGGCACAUCCCGUUUGAAUUAGGCAAGCUUACUAACUUGCGCUACAUGUUUCUGGGUUCAAACAGUCUCGAAGGGUCAAUCCCAAGCUCUAUUGAGGGCUUGAGUCUGUUACAAACUCUCGCUCUUGACAGGAACCGUCUCACGGGCCCGAUCCCCCAAAAUCUUUUCAACAAAAUGACAUCUCUCUCAACACUCUCGCUUGACGAGAACAUGCUGUGUGGACGGAUACCACCCUCGAUAGGGAAACUGGUUGAGCUAAGAUACCUCUAUUUUGCAGGCAACAAUUUCAGCGGAAUCGUGCCUGAGUCCAUAGGAAGGCUUCAAAACCUCGUAGAUCUAGACAUGUCAAGAAACCAGCUAGCCGGGCCCAUACCAAACUCAAUCGGAAACCUAUCCAAUCUCAGGCUAUUCAGUAUGUCCCACAAUCGCCUCAGCGGAAGCAUCCCACCGUCCAUCGGAAACAUGAAAUCCCUCAAAAUACUCGGGAUAUCUGACAACGCACUCUCCGGCCCGAUCCCCAACUCCAUCGGCAACCUACAAAGGGUUGUAACGGUGUUUAUGGGAUACAACAAUCUCAGCGGCAACAUCCCCACAAUAAUUGGCAACAUGACUACCCUCCGAUUCAUAUACCUCUCCAACAACAACUUCACCGGCGAAAUCCCACCAACCCUAUUCAGACUCGAGAAACUAAUCGAGCUAGACCUAUCCACAAACGGGCUUUCUAGCCCGAUCCCGCCCCAAGUCGGCGCUAUGGGCUCUUUGUCUCGUCUCAUUCUCUCGCAUAAUCCGUUGGGAGGAAAGAUUCCGGAAUCUUUGGGUAAAUUGGGGAAUCUGUUUGCGCUGGAACUCCAAGGAAACGGUCUGUCUGGGGAGAUUCCUAAGGAGCUGGCCGAGGCGAAGAAUAUGGGAAUUGUUAAGCUAUCGGAAAACGGCUUGAGCGGGUGA